AUGUCAAGAUCUGAAUUAAGGAAUGAUGACCAGCAACAACCGCUACCAGAACAUCCAACCAUAACCCCUGCGAGUAUCGAUAAGGACGAACCACCGGUGGUCGAUAUGCCAUUUUCUCCAGCCCCUUCCUUCGAGGACCAACAACAGCCACUGCCACAACAACCAACCAUCAAUGUUACCACCAUCAAUAGUGGUGAAUCACAUGUAGCAACGAUGUUGACCAUUGUGCCAUCUUCUUCAGCCCUUCCCUUAUCUUCUAUCUCAACUGGUGCCUCCAAAAAGCGUAGAGGCAGACCUCUUGGUUCUCGCAAUGAAAUCCAGUCUAAAAAAAGGGCUUCUGGAUCUGUGAGACUUGCUAAUGCCCACAUUAUGAUGGUGAAUGUGCAAGAGGGAAGAUUUGAGAUCAUAUCACUUGGUGGGUCUUUGCUUCCUGAUAAAAAAGAAAGCCAUUGCAAAGUAUUUGAGGGCUUAAAUGUGAGUUUGUCAUUAGAUGGUAAUGUAUUUGGUGGUAGACUUGUUAAAAUUUUGAUUGCUGCUUCCCCUGUUCAGAUAGUAUUGGGGAGUUACCCUGUAGGAAGUCAAGAGGAAGUCGACUAUGAUCCAAAAGAGCCUCCUAAAGAAGACCCAAGUCCACCAUCAGCUGAGAGUCAAGAGAAAGUUGAGUCUGACCCAAGUCCACCAUCAACUGAGAGUCAAGAGAAAACCGAGUCUCACCUAAAAGAUCCUUCUAAAGAAGACCCAAAUCCAUCAUCAGAGGGUACUCUUAGCAAUUCAUCUUCCGAUGGGGUUAAUAUCCUAGUUUAA